AGUGUUCAGAAAAUGAGGAUUUUUUUUUUCUUUCUGGGGUGCCCAAUUUGCAGAGAAAUGAAUGGAGAAGGGAAGGGAAGAGAAAAGAAGGAAGAAGCUCGGAUGGAUUAUAGUCCAUGGGGUGCUCUGUUUGUUUUGGGAAAACAAUCGUAAGCUUUGCUGAAAGAUGAACAAUGGCUUCACUUGGCAAGCUUUGUGUAGGAAGACCCACUUUUCUUUUGCCUUCUACUUUUCUUGGUUCACCACGAAAUCUUCAAAGAAGCUCAUCUGCAGGCGGCCCAGACUUGAAGUGUUACCGAAGUGGAAGAUGUAUCAGGAGAAGAUUAACUGUCUAUGGUUUUCUGCCAGUUGAUCCAUGGGCACCCACCAUUGAUUCUGCGAGCGUAGCUUCACAGCUGUUUGCUGUUUCUCUCUUCCCUUACUUGGGUUUCUUGUAUUUCAUCACCAAAUCGAAGUCUGCUCCAAAGCUCACACUCUUCGGAUUCUACUUCUUACUAAUUUUCGUGGGAGCUACAAUCCCUGCUGGAAUUUAUGCCAAGGUGCAUUACGGUACUUCUCUGUCUAAUGUCGAUUGGCUUCAUGGUGGAGCUGAGUCUUUGCUCACUCUCACCAAUUUGUUUAUCGUGAUUGGAUUACGUGAAGCUCUGAGAAAGAUUAAGGAUGAAAAGGAAAGCACACCAGGAGUUCUUCCAAGGAUCAAAGAAGAGGAGAAAUCUUCUGUUUAAAUAUGGGAGAAAUUGUAGUAUUGUACUGCUUCUAAACUCUUAUCUUGUGUUGGCAUUUUGUUGAACUAAACCAUUUUAAUUUUGGUUUCCCAUUGCAUUUCAGACCUCAAGUUGAAGUUAGCUCAAGUCCUCCUGGGUAUGUUCCUUAAAUCAUGAAGCUGUUUGUAUUAUUUAUUGACCGUUGGUAAUGAUAUAAGAUGAGCUUAUGUUCUGUGAA